GCAUCUCUGAAAGCGAGGGAAGUUGGCUAGAGUUCUCUCGUGAGGAGCGGAGAAGGUGAGGGACGGAGAGAUGGCCGGAGGUGCCAUUGUUCCGACUGAUGGCCCCGCCACGGACUACGGCGGGAGCCUGACGCUCUCGGUGUUCAUGACCUGCCUUGUGGCUGCCUCGGGUGGCCUGAUCUUCGGCUACGACAUCGGCAUCUCUGGCGGCGUCUCGGAGAUGGAGCCGUUCCUGCGGCGCUUCUUCCCGCACGUCCUGAGGCGGAUGGCAGAGGCCAAGGGGAACGAGUACUGCAUCUACGACAGCCAGACGCUGACGGCCUUCACGUCGUCGCUGUACGUGGCCGGGCUGUUCGCGUCGCUGGUGGCCAGCCGCGUCACCAAGGCGAUGGGCCGGCAGGCCGUCAUGCUCAUGGGCGGCGCGCUCUUCUUCGCCGGCGGCGCCAUGACCGGCGCCGCCGUCAACAUCGCCAUGCUCAUCGUCGGUCGCAUGCUGCUCGGCUUCGGCGUCGGGUUCACCAACCAGGCCGCUCCGCUGUUCCUCGCCGAGAUGGCCCCGUCGAAGUGGCGCGGCGCCCUCACUGCCGGCUACCAGUUCUUCCUCGCGCUCGGGGUGCUCAUCGCCAACCUCGUCAACUACGCCACCGCGCGCGCCUCCUGGGGCUGGCGCGUCUCGCUGGGCCUCGCGGGCGCCCCGGCCAUCGUCAUCUUCGUCGGCGCGCUCUUCCUCACCGACACCCCCAGCAGCCUCGUCAUGCGGGGGCGGCCCGACAGGGCCCGCGCGGCGCUGCUCCGGGUGCGCGGUCCCGACGCGGACGUGGACGCCGAGCUCCGGGACAUCGCCAAGGCCGUGGAGGCUGCGCGGCAGAGCGAGGACGGCGCGUUCCGCCGGAUGGCCACGAGGCGCGAGUACCGCCCGCACCUGGUGCUCGCCGUGGCCGUGCCCAUGUUCUUCCAGCUCACCGGCGUCAUCGUGCUCGCCUUCUUCGCGCCGCUGGUGUUCCGCACCGUCGGGUUCGGCAGCAACGCCGCGCUGAUGGGCGCCGUCAUAAACGGCGCCGUGAACCUGGUCUCCCUCCUCCUCUCCACCCUCGUCAUCGACAGGUACGGCCGCAAGGUGCUCUUCAUGGUCGGCGGCAUCCAAAUGGUCAUUGCCCAGGUUGGGAUGGCUUGGAUCAUGGGCGCAAAAAUCGGCAGGAGCGGCGAGGCGGCGAUGCCGCACCCCUACGCGGUGGCGGUGCUGGUGUUCACCUGCCUGCACACCGCCGGGUUCGGGUGGUCAUGGGGACCCCUGGGAUGGGUGAUCCCGAGCGAGAUAUUCCCGGUCGACAUCCGGUCGGCGGGGCAGGCCAUGAACGUCUCCAUCGGCCUGUGCCUCACCUUCGUGCAGACGCAGUCGUUCCUCGCCAUGCUCUGCCGCUUCAAGUACGCCACCUUCGCCUACUACGCCGCGUGGGUCGCCGUCAUGACCGUCUUCAUCGCGCUCUUCCUGCCGGAGACCAUGGGCAUCCCGCUCGAGUCCAUGGGCACCAUUUGGGUGAAACACUGGUACUGGAAGAGGUUUGUUCACGACGGAAAAGAGCGGCGUGGCACUAACAUAAGGCAAUAGGUCCCGGGGGACGGGGGGAGAAGAAACAGACACUACGGUGUGAUGUAGAGUGUGUAGUGGUAAUGCUUCUUCUUAGUGCCAUGGCCAUUCGACAUACCAAUGUGUGUUUGUAUAUUCGCCGUGUGAUUUAUGAUUAUGCAAGUUCAUUUUCCAA